UCUUCAAGUGUUUUCCUCUCCUUUACAACACUUGAGUUUUCUACCAUCCAAAAAUCUUGCAUUUCUCAGUUUAGAUUCAAGAAACAACAAGAUGGAAGGGAAGUUGGGAUGUUUUGGGAGGUUUUUCCUUACAGCGAAGCCGUAUAUCGCCAUGAUUUGCUUGCAGUUUGGAUAUGCUGGCAUGAAUAUAAUCACCAAAGUGUCGUUGAAUCGCGGCAUGAGCCACUAUGUCCUGGUUGUUUAUCGUCAUGCAUUCGCCACUGCUGUAAUCGCACCUUUUGCCAUCAUUUUCGAGAGGAAUUUGAGGCCGAAAAUCACAUUCUCGAUCUUCAUGCAAAUGUUCGUCUUGGGGCUUCUUGGGCCUGUGAUCGAUCAGAACUUCUACUACGCUGGAUUGAAGUUCACAUCACCCACGUUUUCAUGCGCUAUGAGCAACAUGCUCCCAGCAAUGACCUUCGUUAUGGCUGUCAUAUGCAGGAUGGAAAAAUUGGAGAUAAAAAAGAUUAGAUGCCAAGCAAAGCUGAUUGGCACCAUAGUGACAGUAGCUGGAGCCAUGUUGAUGACACUGUACAAGGGUAAUGUGGUGGAGUUGGUCUGGACCAAGCAUGUGCACCCUCACUACGCCGAGCAGACCACGACUGGAUCAUCGAACUCUUCUGACAAAGAUUGGUUCAAAGGAUCCAUUCUACUGAUCAUUGCUACUUUUGCAUGGGCUUCUUUUUUCAUUCUUCAGAAUGUGACAAUGAGGAAAUACAAGGCACCUCUCUCUCUCACCUGUCUAGUGUGCUUUAUUGGCACUUUACAGUCGAUUGCUGUGACUUUUGUAAUGGAACACAGGCCUAGCGUUUGGAGUAUUGGCUGGGAUAUGAACCUUCUUGCUGCUGCCUAUGCUGGAAUUGUGUCAUCAAGCAUUGCAUACUAUGUGCAAGGCCUAGUAAUGGAAAAGAGGGGGCCAGUGUUUGUAACUGCCUUUAGUCCUCUAAUGAUGAUCAUUGUUGCAAUCAUGGGUUCUUUCAUCCUAGCUGAAAAGAUCUACAUGGGAGGUGUGAUGGGUGCCAUACUGAUUGUAAUGGGACUAUACUCCGUCCUUUGGGGAAAGUACAAGGAACACAAGGAGAAAGAGCUAGCCGAACCAGUAAAAACCGCUUCAAGAAAAAAUAACGACAACAACAUGAUGAUAACGAUUGACGGCUUCGAGACCAACGACCUAGAGAUGCAAAAGAACGGAACAUACAAAUCAUCAGCAAUCCCGACCAUUGCGAUCAGUGCUCCAAUCCCAACACCACCAAUGAUCGCGGUGGAAGCACCCAAAGUGUAAGGAGUGAUGUGAACUAACUGGGAGGAUGGAAGAGAGAAAGAAAGAAAGAAAAGAAAAAAAAAGAAUAAUGGAGGGUAUAAAUAUGUACAAGUACAAUAGAUCAGGGGGUGGGAAGAUAAAAAGCAAGGGCUUUUUGUAAUUUUGAUUUUUAAUGUUUUCUCCUUUUUAAUUUUACUUUGUGGAAGAUUAAUGAAGAUUCCAUGGAAUUGCAAUGAAAUCUUUGUUUGAGAA